CGAUGGCAGAUUUGCGCUUAUUUUCACGCGAAUUCAUUGCAGAAUUCAUCGAAAUGUACAAACGUUUUCCAUGCCUGUGGCAGGUGAAUUCGAAAGAUUACACGGACCGUACGAAAAGGAAGUUAGCUUACGAUGCGCUACUCACCAAGUACCGUGAGGUGGACAAAUCGGCCACUGAGGAUGAGGUGAAGAAGAAACUUUACGGACUGCGAUCGAGCUACCGGCGAGAGAUGUUUAAAUUGAAGAAAUCCAUUAAAUCUGGCGCCACCCUUGACGACGUGUAUAAGCCCACGUUGUGGUAUUUCUAUUUGUUCGACUUUUUAACCGAUUACGAUACAAUGAAAGAGCCGACAAGUACGACGGAUGAGUGUCAAGAUGAAUCCAAAGAGGAACACAUAGAAUACGAUGAAGUAUAUGAUCUCAUAGAUAACUAUCACGAGGAUCAGGCUGUGAUCGAUGAACAUCAUGAUGAUCUUGACGAUGUUAGCUCGGAGACGGAUAGCGACAAGGAUGCAGAAGAAGAUCCCUUCAAUGGUGAUACACAAUCGGUAUAUACUUCUAUCUCUCAAAGGCAAUCUCCUGCCCCAAGCACAUCACGAUCGUUCGUAUCGCACAAAAAGCGAAAGCAACUUCCACCCGCAGAAGAUCACGUUCGUAUUGAAGCUACGGAAACCACCGAACAGAACCAUCACUCCGUAGUUGUACAGAGCGUCCAGGAAGAUCAGUUCGACGUGUAUGGCAAGCUGGUAGCGCAUAAGUUACGCUCAUUUGACAAACUACAGGUUACCUUCUCUCAACGGCUGAUCAAUGAGAUUCUGUACGAGGCUGAAAUGGGAUUUUUAACUCGCAACUGCAAAGUGGUCGAUAUGGGUAGUCCUUGAAGGACGAGCAGUUUUUUUUUUCGUAGAAUGUAUCCAAAACGACAGAUCGCUACGUCGAUAAUGUUUAGAAUUUUGAACUUAUGAUAUGUGUAAGAUUAAAAUAAGCAUAGCGCCGAUUUUCGAUGAUGCUUUGUUAUAACUUUAAACAAGUUGAGUUAUGAAACUAGAAUUAAAAUCCGAAUCGGCUUGACUGCAUUACUCCUUGCUAAGAUAACACUUUACACUUAGAUUUAGACAUAUGACAUUGAGCUUCGUGUUAAAUGAAUUUUAUUUUGAAACUGAUACAGAUUCUCUUUUUUCUUCUUUUUUGUAUACUAAACCCCUGCCAAAUAGCGAAUAAAACUGGAAAAGACUAUGUUCACGUGUUCGGCAGCAUUAUAAACAAUAUCAAAUUGAUUCGUGUGUCAUGGAAUAACAAUCGUGUAUGAACAUCCUAGGCUUAAUAUUCGCUACUUGGGCUUUCUGUAAUAAUACUCAAGCAAUUGAUUCAGAGGUGAUAAAAUUUACUGAUCGGUCUUACAUAUCCGGAAAAUAGAUUAUUGAAACAUGGAUCGAAUAAAAUCUGGACUAUUUAUAAAUCAGGCGGAACAGGAA